CUAAUCAGUGUCAUUUAGGCGCAUAGCAACAACAAAAUGUCUUUGGUCCCGAAAAAUGAAACUUUUAGAAAGAUUUUCCACUUAAGUGAAAUGAGACCAAACUAAAAAUCGCACGUUAGAUUAGCUGUUGGUUUUUUGUCGACCACAAUGCCAUCAGAUUCAAAGUCAGUGGAGGUCUCCAAAUGGAGGCUUCCAACAUACAGGCAUAAAAAGAUGGAAAGACCAGAAAAAACGGAUCAGAUGUACACAGUUAAAUGGCCUCCUUUCCAUAAUGAAGUUACAAAGAAGAUCAACAGUGUCCUGGAACCAUUGUCUUUGUUUACUCCAUCUGAACAAGAAAAGGGAGUUCCAGAAGGGAAACAGAAGAUGGAAUUAGAGAGACCUGUUACUCCUAUAGAUGAGGAAAUAAAACAUCAACCAAGAUCAGUAGACCUUCUUGCCAAGUAUGUUAGACGUAGGAUUGCUGCCAAACCUGAUGUUCCAUACUUAUCUGUUGAUGAUCAGAGAAAUUUGGCUGGUAUUUUGAUGGGAGAGGUGAACAUGUUAUGGCCAGAAAUUAAAACACAGAUAGAUGAUCCCUUCUUGUCAGCAGAGGAAAACUGUGAAUUAAAUAGAAGGAUAGCUGUACAUAUUGUUACUGUUUGUGAAAAAUUGUUUCAUCAUUAUAUACAGAAAGCUCAAGUGCUAAAUGAAAGAGGUAUAUUUAGUGGUCCAGCAAAUAUGAGUCGACUAAAGGCACAGCUUUCUCUUGAUGCUGAUAAAUUUCUGAAUAUCCUGACCAUAAGAAGAUAUAUUGUGGAAGAUAUACGUGGUAAAACCCAUACUGAUGAAGAUGAGAUUGUUUAUAAAGCAAAACCAUCUACAGCAGCCAUGCAGAAACAGGCUCUUAGCUUUAAGAAAAUGUUUGAGGAGAGUAGACCAAAGUCCAAAACUGUAUUUUAUCACAGAACAGCUAAUGAUGAAGCCAGAGAGAUUUUACAAGCCAUGCCAGAUUUAGAUACAUCCAAGCUGAUGAAUGUGAUAUCAGAACUACCAGACAGAGAAUUACAAACACCAUCACAAGCAUCAACAACCUCUCCUCCUAUGACUGCAGAGAGAAUGUCGAAAGCAUCAGGAGUAUCGAAAGAAGAUGCAUCUAAACAGAAAGUUAUUCUGAAGAGAUCUCUGUCUUUGCCACACUUGAAAGUUGGGGAGAAUCUGCUAGAAGAACUUGGUAUCAGUCCAUCUGUUAAAGAAGAUAAGUUGUCAGAGAUAGAAUUACAGAUGCUUAGAAGACAGGCACAGAAAAAACAACAAAUUUCAACAAAGACUGCAGAAAUUAAACCUAAAGGUCCACAACCUGGUACCAGAGAGUAUGCUGCUGAAGAUCUGAAAAAAUUGAUAUCAAGAGGAGAUCAGGAUGACAUUAGAGUGGAAGAAGAUUUACCUCCCUUGCUUCAAGCUAUAACAAGGCAUGCCAAAUAUGAUGGACUGGCAGAAAGAUUAGAAAAACAGAUGAAAGAACUGGAAGAAGAAGAAAAGAAGGAAAAAGAGAAAGAAAAUAAGCCUCUAAAGAAACCUAAACAUCCACAGCCAGAUACAGUUAGUGCUAAAUUACCUGGUAUGGAUGUGAGAACUUCAGAUAUACGAGUAUCAGAACGCGUGUGUAUGUCGUCUAUAACCAUUGAUAGGUUUUCAACAGUAUAUAAUGACCUCAAGGACGAGAUAUCUCCAUCAACAGUUAAGAGUCUAGACAAGAAUCUUUUCUUGAGCGAUGAAAUCAAGGAAGUCUACAAAGAGAUCAUGAAGACAAUUAACACAGAUCAUCUGAACCUGGACGAUGAUGAACUUGUAAUGCCUGCUGCUGACAAAGUCACCCUUACAGGAACAAUGGCAUCAUCCACCUUGUCUAAGCGUAGAGCUGAUCGAGUCAUCAACCCCAAUCUUCGAAAAGAUAAGAAUCCUCCAUGGGGAGAAAUAGAUCCAAAACAAUGGGUUAGAACGCCAGCAAACCCACCAAAGAACUUUUUAGGAGAUGACAUGUUUGCACCUAUGACACCAAAUGCUGAACGUAUACACGACCACUUACAUAACCCAUCCAAGAUGUCUCUGUUACUGGUCACAGAUCACUUGCCACGUGUCAUGGCAGAGAAAAAUCAACGCACAUAUGCCUCAUGGCUUCAGUGGUGGAAAAGUACGGUCACAAGUGAUGACUACAUGAAAUAUCUGUCCACAAUGGAGUCAGACUAUAUGGGUGUAGCUUUCCAUUUCUAUGAUUCUGAUGAGGAGGAAGGGGAAGAAGAAGAUUUACCAUUACCCAACCAGUACAUGUCUGCGCUUGGUCAGUCCCAGGCUCUUACUCAGCAACAAAAACAAUUCAUUGCAAGAACAGCUCACUCUGCUAAACAGGCAGAAAAUAGGAGACGACAACGAUUAGAAGCUGAGAGACAAAAAAAAAUGCAAGAAUUAAAGAAAGAGAAGACAAAGUAUGAAGAAGGAAUGUGGAAUGUAAAUACAGUAUUUAUGGGAGGUUUAGGAAAAGAUCCUCAAAUGGAAGAAGAGGAAGAUAUAGCAGACAAAGGCCAGAAAUCCCCACAAACAUCAAGGUCAGCUAAAACAUUACAAGAAAGGGUUGCUGCCAGACAUUCUGCAAAAUUACAAGUAGAGAAACCAACUAGGGACUUAUCACAUUCUAGAGCAUCAAAAGUUACUUCAAUGACUGGUACCAUCAGUAAGAUGGACACAGAUAGAUCAGGAGAGACAACAGAGGAAGGUCCUCUUGGUCCUCAGGAAAGAUUAGAGAAAGUGUGGAAUGCCUUAGAAAUGCCAGACAAUUUCCGCCUUGACAUGGCCAUAAAAUACAGCUCUAAUGAAUAUUAUGUUAAAAUGUUUGAGGCUAUUGAAAGAUGGGAGCUUGCAACAGAAUUAAUCCAGAAAAGAGAGGAGUUUCUGGGAAAAUUAGAAAAAUUUGAAAGAGCUGCUUCUGAUCCAAACAGAUUCUUUGAAAAGGUAUCAAGUGGUGUUAAAGGUAGUUCUGUUAAAAGGCUGCAGGAGGCAAAACAAAGAAGUUUUUACUAUAAGAGGAUUGACCAUUUUGACAAAGAAAUAAAAAUACAGAUAGACUAUAUGAAGAAAAACUUUUUGGAUACAGUUUCUUACAAGGGUCGCUCUUAUGAAGAGAAGAUGAAAUGGGACAGAAUAGAAAUGUUAUAUUGGUUGCAAGAAGAGCGUAAACAGAAUGCCAUUAAAUAUGAAGCAUUAAUGAGACAUAUACCUUAUAAAGUCAGACAAGUUCAGUUAGAUCCUAUUCCUAUGUUGCCAGAAGAGAAAGUUGCAUAAAAUAAAUAUCCUUUAGUUAUGUUGUCAAAAAGAAAAGAUAUAUAUAUAUAUAUAAAUAGACACUGGUGCAUAUACCUGAUCACUUUUCAUGUAACAGGCUAUAUAACUUUAAUUUAAGUUAAGAAACUGUCCAUUGUUUCUUGUCGGGGAACUGUUAUAUGGUCUGCCAUAUAACAUUUAUAUACAGCAGUAACUUAUAAAAAUAGGCAUGCUGUUUAAUGUAGUAAUAUGACAUCCAGUUUUUGCAUUUAAUUGGCACUUUUUCACAAAUGAAACAAAGAAAAAUAAAAAGAAAGAAUAGGUGCAGUUAAAAGAAAUAUAAUGAAUCGCAAAUAAAAGAUUUGUUUUUGUAA